AUUGCUAGUCAUGUGUAGAUGUUACUAUUCAUCUUAGUUAUUGACAUGCUUAGCUCACUCUGUUCGUGUCUGACGAUUGCAUGACAAACUCAUUUUUCUCUGUUUAUUGACACUACUGCUGUUUGUUGUCAUCAUAGGAGCUAUCCAGCCCAUCAGUGAAUCCUUUGAUAAAUUAAACUUAAAACAAGAAGUGCAUCAACAAAUCUGAACUUUGGAGUCAGAGCUCAGACAGUACCCAGUAGAGAAGCCAGUGAUACCCCACACAUCUGCCGAGAUGGAGAAGAUGGAGGAGGAUAAGAAGAAGAAGCCGUUGACAUGCUACCUGCUGUUCUGUAUUUCUACUGCCGUCAUUGGGUCGCUGCAGUUUGGCUACAACACUGGAGUCAUCAAUGCACCUGAGCAGAAACUGAGAAGCUUCAUCCAGAAUGUGUCAAUGGAGCGUUAUAACGAGACUAUGGAGGAGGGAACAGUCACCAUUGUGUGGAGUGUUGCCGUGGCGAUCUUCAGCAUCGGAGGCAUGGUCGGGUCUGUGUGUGUGGGGGUCCUGGUCAACAAGUUUGGGAGGCGCAAGUCCAUGUUUCUAGCCAACGGCCUGGCGGUGGUGGGUGGAAGCCUGAUGGGGUUCUCCAGCUUGUGUCGCUCAUAUGAGAUGAUCAUCUUUGGGCGUCUGGUCAUCGGGCUGUUCUGUGGUCUGUGCACUGGCCUGAGCCCCAUGUAUAUAGGAGAGCUGGCCCCCACUGCUCUACGAGGGGCCUUUGGCACGCUGCACCAGCUGGGUGUGGUCAUUGGCAUCCUGGUGGCCCAGAUAUUUGGUCUAGAGUCCCUGCUGGGCUCAGCCUCCCUGUGGCCACUGCUGCUGGCUCUGACCAUUCUACCGGCGGUCUUGCAGACCAUCAUGUUGCCACUGUGCCCCGAGAGUCCUCGCCACCUCCUCAUCAACCUCAACCAGGAAGAGGAGGCGCACAAGGCCCUGGUGCGUCUGCGUGGGUAUGAGGACGUCAGUGACGACAUCAACGAGAUGAAGGAGGAGGGCAGGAAGAUGGCCAUGGAGAAGAAGGUCACCAUCCCUGAGCUGUUCCGCAACCCUUCGUACCGGCAGCCCAUCAUCAUCGCCAUCGUGCUGCAGCUGUCUCAGCAGCUCUCUGGAAUUAACGCUGUGUUUUACUACUCCACAGCCAUUUUUGAAGGUGCUGGAGUCGCCCAGCCCAUCUAUGCUACAAUAGGAGCUGGAGUGGUCAACACUGUUUUCACUGUGGUCUCUCUCUUCCUGGUGGACAGGGCCGGACGAAGGACUCUCCACAUGAUUGGGUUAUUUGGCAUGGCAGUUAGUGCUAUUCUACUGACCAUCUCUCUAGCACUGAUUGAGGGUACUCCAAGCCUCAGCUACCUGGCCAUUGUGGCGGUGUUUGCUUUUGUGGCCGGCUUUGAGAUGGGACCAGGCCCCAUCCCAUGGUUCAUCACGGCCGAGCUCUUUGAGCAGGGUCCACGCCCUGCGGCUAUUGCUGUAGCAGGAUGCUCCAACUGGACCUCCAACUUCCUGGUCGGACUCGGCUUUCCCAAGCUAAAGGAGCUGUGCGGGGGCUAUGUGUUCAUCAUCUUUGUCAUCUUCCUCGUCAUCUUCCUCAUCUUCACCUACUUUCGAGUGCCGGAGACCAAAGGACGGACCUUUGAGGACAUCGCUCGCGGCUUCGCCAAAACUGACUCCGGUCUCCCUCCUCCUCAGGAUGGCGAGAUCACGCUCCCUGUCUCCCCUACAAGAGAGAAGGUGCCCAUGGUGGAGUUCCCCAAUGUUGACAGUGGCAAAAAUGGCCUCCCAAGCGCCUAGCAGGGCAAGGAGGUCUCAUCCCACAACACAGCUAACUGCACUCCACAGACAGCCAUGGCAGACCAGGUGCAUUUGGCAGUAGACACUGAAAUACUGUAGUUUACACAGUGGACCUCCUGAGUGUGUAGUGGCUGUGUUUCAGUUGCAAGCAAGCUUCUCACUGUUAAAGUAUUGUGUGUGUUUGUAGCAGGUGCUUCUGGGCCCCAUUUGUUACAGCUUAUUGUUCAUAGGGAGGCCCCUUGCUAAGCUACUGUAUAUUUGGUGGAGGUUAAGAGAAGUUCAAAUCAGGAAUUUUAAAAUUGUUCUCAUAAAGGCCAGUAGAAGUAGAAAAAAAACAUUUGUUUACAUGCCAUUGAUUACAUACCAGGUGCCAUUGAAACUCUGACCAAAACCGAUUGUCAGAAUAUAAUAAUAAUACAGAACUGUUUAAAUUUAAUUGUAAUUCACGCACACCAGAAAUUGUAAUUAGUUAAGAUGUAAAGUUCAGCCUCACUGAUCAAAAGUUAACAAAGAGAUGAUCAAAAGAUCAAAAGUUAACAAAGUGCAGCGAUGAUAAAACAUCUAUAGCUUUUGGGAGAAAGACAAGGCAUUUGUCUAAUUGGGAACAGGACUAGAUCCACCAUAAAAACAGCCAUUUCAUCCAGCCAUGUGCUAGACAUUUUUCAUCUAAUAUUGUUUGUAUGUCUAGCCACACUAAGCAAGUUGUCACUGCCCAGUAGUAGCCUAAAGUAGGUCAAGUGUGAAAGUACUGUAGAACACUGCCUAUACUGCCUCAACGUCCAUCAAUGCUUGCUGCUGAGACACGGCCUGCUUUAGGAUGCUGGGGCUUGGCACAUGGUGACACUACCUCUGGUGGUUAAUGUUCUGCCCUUCGUGAAGCCUGCAGUGUUCCUCAAGUAGAGACCCACCUGGUUCUGGCGAGGAACCUCACAUAAAACUGAUCAGAUUGACUUGAUGAUUGAUGGAUUGCUAAAUCAAAAACAACCUAUGGAUUGCUAAAUCAAAACAACUAAUUCAAAGACUCUGGAUUUGAGUGGUAUCUAAGGGCUGUUUUUUGAGGAACACUGCCUCAACGGAAACUUCUUUGCAGAAGUUGGGCAAUCAUUACCACUACAACCAGAACCAAAGGAUGUAUGAUGGCUCCACACUAAAUGUGUUCCAUACCAUCUGUACGUAAAUGAAUGGACACGCAAGUGUGUGGAUAUGUGUGAGCCAAGCCCCUUUCUGAUUGGGUGUGAUGUAAAUGUUCAAAGGGAAUCUGCUGGUGGAGAUUCUUCCCAGUUUUAUUUUGUAUUUAAUGCAGCUUGAUGUUACUUAUUAAUUGUGAUUAUGUGUACACUUCUCUUAAUCACUGAAACAGACCUGAUGACCAAGUGGCAGUAAGACUGUACUGAUAUUCCUAUUUAGAUGGUGACUAUUAUUCCAAGCCAUCACUGUUACUGCAACGUUUAGAGUGUCAAACAUAUUCUUGUACACUGUAGUCUCUCUUCAAGACCCCCGGUGUGAAAUUCAUAGAGCACAAAUCAUGUCAUGGAGUUCAGCCUCUGCAAAGAUUAGCACUUGUUUGAAUUCACUCUCAUAUUUCUUAAUGGGGCUAGAGAGCAGCUUGUGGUUGACCUAGAUAAACAGUCCGGAAAAGCUCCAAGCUCAGGUCCUGAGGCCUGUGGCUCCUAGCUCAGGUCCUUCACCUCGCGCUGCUCACUGUCCAUUUCCUCAUUAGCUGACGCUUGACCAUUGACGCAGUCUCAGUGAAGUUAGUGCGCCUCACCGUUACACCCUCACUAAGCUGUUGUGUUUCCUGGACAGACUCAUAGCCUGACAGCCUGUUACACUAGAGGCUUUCUAAAGCCACUGCAGUUGAUCAAAAGAACAGUCCUUUUUUUUUCUCAAGGGGUUCAACAAGACUCCAGUGGCAUUUCCUAUUGCACAAUUCGCACAACUUGUGCACUAUGGAUCAAUCAGACAGACUCUAGGCUACUGAAUGGUUUGUACUCUUAAUUAGCCUAACUACUUGAAAUUCUUAACAGCCAGGGCAUUUCUUUGGGGAAUCCGAGUAGUCCAGAUCAAAAGAUAAAUAGCUGUUGUACAUAAUAGCCCAGAUAUUGCCAAAUGAACAAAGGAUAUUAAUGUUACAUCAGUAUAUUUGUAGCGGAAACUAUAAUGACUUGGAGAUGAACAUCAAUUCAGCCAACUUGAUUUUAAUGAGGAAAAAUGGACCAUUGUGCUUGAAUGUUAAGAUGGCUCCAGGCCUCCAAAGGAAUCUUAAAUAUUUGCUAAAAUAUUGUUAAAAGCAUUUUCAGCCAUGACAGUUCUAUAUUACUGUAUGUCUUGUGUUAGUGUGGCGAUGUAACAUUGUGGGAUUUGGGGAUGUAGUUGUAGUCUUUUACCUAUUGUCUAUUUAUUGUAUGUUUUGCACAUGUACUGCAUUUGUGUGUGUGUGUGUGUGUGUGUGUGUGUUUGUUUAUAGUGUACAUACUGUAGCUUUCUGAUAGAGGGUUGUCUCUUAGAGGUGUGGUGAAUAAUGUUUCCUUGUUACACAUUGCCUAAUGUAUUUGAUUUGUUGCUACCUUUGCUGCUGUGGAUGCUUGCUACGCAUAUGCACUAUCACUUUACUAGCAACGCACAUUCCAUGAUGAGGAUUUAUACUGUUCAGUAUCUAUUGACAUUUUGUGUCGUAUUGUAUUCCCAUAAACACUCAUGAAUGUCUAUAUACCAUUCUGAAAGUCAUGAGUAUACAUUCUAUUUACUAUUGUCUUUGUACGCUUGCAUACUUCCACUGCCAGAUUUCAGUGAGCGUUUAUUUAAUUUGUUUUAAAUUGAGAGACAGAGAUUAGACAUGUGUUAUUGAUUAGAUAUGUAGAUAUGUAUAGUAUUGACAAAUUACAAGUAUUUUGGUCUCAAAAUGACCCCCAUCAUUCAUCAUUUCACCAUGAUUACUAUGUGCUCUUCAAACCUUGUAGAUUAGCUCUUUCCAUUUUCUGCGUCUCUUAUAUUGUUUGCGUUGUAAUACUACUGUGUACUGGAUACUUUCCUGUGAAAGAAAACAAUUAAAACCACUUCUGAAGAAUUCA